GAAGAGCGCCGCCGCGUGUCGGGGGCUUCGGUGGGAGUGAAACUACAGUUCCCUCUGAGCUCCUCGGAGGUGUUAGUUGUCAGUAUGGCUGUUGUCAGACAGACAAAGCAGAGAGGCAAAUAAUUCGCCUCUGAUUAGAAAUCCUUGGAAGAGGGUCGCGCGGGGCACCGCCAUCAGAUUCGCGUCGUUGCUCGGCUGCGGCAGACCGCGCAGCUGCUCUCCGCUCUAGUUUUAAAGUUAGAUGGUUACGUGGACGUCUGGAGCCGAGCAGGAUGUCUGACUUCAGCGAGGAGCCGCGCUUCACCAUCGAGCAGAUUGAUCUGCUGCAGCGGCUGCGGCGCACCGGCAUGACCAAGCAGGAGAUCCUGCAUGCGCUCGACACUCUGGACCGGCUGGACCGGGAGCACGGCGACAAGUUUGGCCGCCGCACCUCUUCUUCCUCCUCCUCCUCCUCCUACCUAGUAGGCGGGGCAAACAGCUGCACCAACAACUCUGCCUCCAACACAACCACCACGUUCAACAAUAACACCGCUGCCUCGGCAACCACCACCUCUUCUGCAUCGUGUAACGGUAGCAACAGCGGCGAAGGCGGCACCGCGGAUCAGUCCGUUGCUGCCGCCGCCUCUUCCACGGCCUCUAAAAUCUCUACAGCCACGCAAACUCAGUUUAGUACUGGAGGGGGACUUUCUCCGUCUCCCAGCUAUGACACCUCCCCCCCUCCAGGGCCGCCGCCGCCCUCCGCCAUCCUGCCGUCACCGGUGUCUCUGGUGGCGCUGUCUCAGAACGGCCGUGACAGCCUGGCUGCCACGCCCAACGGGAAGCUGUCCCCUCCUCGGUAUCCGGUGAACAGCGCCGCAGCGUCCCGAGCGUUCGGGUUUGAAGCUGCAGAAGAAGACCUGGACAUCGACGAUAAGGUGGAGGAGCUGAUGAGAAGGGACAGCAGUCUGGUGAAAGAAGAGAUCAAAGCUUUCUUGGGGAACAGGAGGAUUUCUCAGGCUGUGGUGGCACAAGUGACUGGCAUCAGUCAGAGCAGGAUCUCCCACUGGCUGCUGCAGCACGGCUCCGACCUGAGCGAGCAGAAGAAGAGAGCCUUCUACCGCUGGUACAUCCUGGAGAAAACCACCCCAGGUGCGACUCUGAACAUGCGUCCGGCUCCGCUGCCUCUGGAGGAGAUGGAGUGGAGGCAAACCCCCCCGCCCCUCAGCACGGCUCCCGGAACCUUCCGGCUGCGGCGCGGGAGCCGCUUCACGUGGAGGAAGGAGUGUCUGGCUGUGAUGGAGAGCUACUUUAAUGACAACCAGUACCCAGAUGAGGCCAAAAGGGAGGAGAUAGCAAACGCCUGCAACGCCGUUAUCCAGAAACCAGGGAAGAAGCUGUCGGACCUGGAGCGGGUCACCUCUCUGAAGGUCUACAACUGGUUUGCUAACCGGCGCAAAGAGAUCAAGAGACGGGCCAACAUUGAAGCCACAAUCCUGGAAAGUCAUGGGAUUGACGUCCAGAGUCCGGGGGCACACUCCAACAGCGAUGACAUCGACGGGAACGACUUCUCAGAGCAGGCCUGUGACCUGCCGUACUUUGACAAGAGACCUCUGAGCCGACCGUUUGGCCUUUACCGCCUGGAGCCCACCUCACCCACACAGGAUGACGGCGCCGCUCACAGCGAGCACCAGGACCCCAUCUCUCUGGCUGUGGAGAUGGCUGCAGUCAACCACACCAUCCUGGCCCUGUCCAGGACCGGGGGGGUCCCCAACGACAUCAAGACCGAGUCCCUGGAGGACGAAUGAACUGGAGCAGGAUGCAGCCGGGGACAGAGGAGACGACGGUGGAUUUAAAAAAAGAGACCAAAAUAAUCCUACUUAGUAAAGCUGCUUCCCCCCCCCCCCCCCCAUACCCAUGUAAGCAGUAACUACCCCCCCACCCCGGCCUUCUUACUCUGCAUACUGACGCAGCUGGAGUCCCUGUGGCUCGGUGGUCCUCCCACCAGCAGGGGGCUCCUGACUCACAGGAUACCUCCUCCCUCCUCAUCUGAGCCGAUCCUCAGCCUCUCACCUCCACCUCAGUAAAGACGUGUAAAUAUGAUCUAUAUGGUUCUCAGUCGACUCAGCUCAUGGUGGGCUACCUACCUACUGACCUCCACCCUCAACCUCACCUCCUCACAGUGCAAUUCAUCUGAGACGCUGCCUCCUCCUCGUCAGCAGGAACGAUACGGGCCCACAGAAGAGUCAGCUGUUCGCCCCCUGCAGUGGUCAGUCCUCAGCCGUCUCCUUCGGUUUCUCCACAAACAAAACAAGCUAACUUUAUUUUUGCUUUCAGGUUUAAGGAGGUUUUAUUGACUCAUUUUUAACAGAAAUUCCUAAACGCACAAACGGGAAACUGCACAGAUGAAGGUGUUUGAACUUCAGUUUCCAGCCCAAAUCUCCAGAAUCAGUCAUUUAGUUUUAACACGAAGCUUCCAGAGACGUUGGUCUGUGAGGAUCAGAACUCUGAGCUAUUUGACGUCAACGCCAAAGGAAGAGCCGAAACCGAGCUGAGAACGGUCCAAAGUGAAUCCAGAGCAGGCAGCUCUUUAGUUUCCCAUUGUCCCUGAAGUCUGCAGACCUGACGCUGCAGGUGACCUGCUGCUGCAGGUGGCCUGACGCUGCAGUGACCUGCCGCUGCAGGUGACCUGGUGCUGCAUGUGGCCUGACGCUGCAGGUGACCCUGGUGCUGCAGGUGACCUGGUGCUGCAUGUGUGAUGAUGCAGGUAACCUGGCACUGCAGGCCUGACCCUUCAGGCGGCCUCAUGCUGCAGGUGACCUGCUGCUGCAGGUGGCCUGACGCUGCAGGUGACCUGGUGCUGCAGGUGUGAUGAUGCAGAUAACCUGGCACUGCAGGCCUGAUCCUUCAGGCGGCCUCAUGCUGCAGGUGAUCUGCUGCUGCAGGUGACCUGCUGCUGCAGGUGGCCUGACACUGCACUGACCUGCUGCUGCAGGUGACCUGACGCUGCAGGUGACCUGGUGCUGCAUGUGGCCUGACGCUGCAGGUGACCCUGGUGCUGCAGGUAACCUGGCACUGCAGGCCUGACCCUUCAGGCGGCCUCAUGCUGCAGGUGGCCUGACGCUGCAGGUGACCUGGUGCUGCAGGUGUGAUGAUGCAGAUAACCUGGCACUGCAGGCCUGACCCUUCAGGUGGUCUGAUGCUGCAGGCUUGAUGCUGCAGCUGGCCUGACGCUACAGCAGUGACAGUAUCAGCAGGCACACAUCACGAUCUGAUACUCUGGAACUAUUUACUACUUCUGUGACGCUGCCUCUUUAUAAUAAUCAAAGCAAAGUGCUUUUUCUAUAUAUAUAGAUGAAUAUAUACGAGUAUAAAUAUGAAGCUGGCAUCAGGUUAGACUAAAUCCACACUGGAGAUGGUAAAGCUUCAAGCUUUUUCUGUUCCGUUUCAUGUAGAAAUAAACUCAAAGGAGCCGUUGAAGGGAAACUCGCGUCAUCUCCAGCUUCUCCAGCACCAACGCUAACAGUAAACGAUGGUUCUCUCAGUGGGACGUUUAGUUUUUCCACAAAGUGUUGAAGAUACUGUGAAAUGUUGCAUUUUGAUGAGUAAAUCAAACUUUUUAACAAAAGGAUUAGUUAUUUAGUUUUUUUACCAAACAGCUGGAGAUUAGUCUGGUGCAGAUGCUACACGCUAGCUGCUACACGCUAGCUCUAAAGCGUUUUUCCUCUGAAGACAAACGUUUUAGUGGUUAGAACAGUGGUUUGGUUCACUGGCAGCAUCGGGAUGUCAGAUUUACUGACAUAAAACAUUUCAAACAGAAACAUCAUUAGUUGCUUUUGAAGGAGGACCAUAGCAGCAUCCACCCGGACAACAUUUCCCACAAUGCUUAGCUCUUUGAGAUCAGGUCCCUGUGAUGGUUUUGGAGAAUCCGAGCAGGAGUAAAACGUAUCUGCUUGGCGCGUUUCUGCCCCGGCGCGAGAACUCCGCUCUAAUAGUCGAAUGCUUCCGUGAGUCAGAAGCUCCAGAACCAGCCGGUUCUUAAACAGGUUUAAAGUAUUUAUGCUCACUUUUAUACGGUUGUAUAAAACGAAUGACAUGUUUUCAAACAUGCUUAAAAUUAUACUUUUAAAUUCUCGUGACUUAUUUUUCUAUUAUGUAAACUUUGUUUUUGUCAUCCUGCGUUUGACUGAACAACAGCCCCCCCCCCCCCCCCCCCCCCCCCCCCCCCCGAGGUUUUGAACCUUUUAUGAAAAUUGAAGCACCUUAAUAUUCAAGUGUUGUUGUUUGCUACGUUUGGAACGUGAUCAGUAAGAGAGGCGUGGAGCAACGUCACACCAGACUGGUCGAGCGCCAGGUUGUGAUGAAAUACAGCAGCACUGCCACGCUGGACGGACGCACACACACGCACACGCACACACGCACACACACCAGCUGAGCCGUUCCUUCCUCUCUGUAGAGUAGGUUCACUACUCAGCUAGACUCUUGUGGUCCAUAGAUGUUCGACAGGUUUCGGGAAGUCUGUCCUGUUUUUCCAAUCAGGAACCAGUUCUGAUGUGUUUGGGAUCCUGGUGCUGUUGGAAAACUCAACUGGGCCCACAUUUCAACCAUCUAACAGCUGGUUUCAGCUGGAAUGGAGAAGUCCUUUGUUCUACCAUCCGCAUAGUGCUCCAGGUCCACAUCAUGAUGCUGCCACCACCGUGUGGGACAGCUGCUUUGGUGUUCAUGGGUCUAAUCAUGCUCACUAGCAGGAAUUGUGAAAAUCCAUCCAGUUUAGUAAAGAACUGGACUAGUGAAGGAUCGCUGAGAUCACCAGUUUGAUGUGACGUUUCUACACAAAGUUCACGAUUCAAGCUGUGGUGAGGAAAACAGAACCCCACAGAGCUUCAGGUCUCCAUUAAACGAACUGCCUCUGAGCUAGACAUGCUACCACUGGGUUAGAUGGAACCAGGUGUGUGAGUGUGUGUGAAAAGGUUCAAGUGUUCUGACGGGUUCUGUAGUUCUCCUGAAUUAGUCCACCAGUGUUGGGGGUGGGGUGUGUCAGGGUCAACAUGUCUACAUGUCCAUCCGUGUCCUCCAGUACACCAUCCACCUCAUCCCAGCAUAGCUCAGAUUAGGAACUCGAGAGGACCGAGUGCUGUUGUCUCAACCUCAGAUCUGCUUACGUUCAGACUCGUCUGUAUCGCCCAUUUCACAAUUUAGUGCCUUUUUUGGACAGUAGACUGUUCUGUAAUUAAGAUGUAGUAUAAAUACAUUUUCUGUACAGUUUCUUUGUCCAUUUUUUAACUUGUGUUUAUUUUAGUAUGAUAUAUAUAUAUAUAUAUAAUGUACAAGAGAAUAAAACUAUAUCAAUGA